AGGACAAUGAUACGCUAUCUACACAGCAACGCUUAUCGAGAAUCAGGGGUGCCUGAGUUGCGACCUACCCCGCGGCUCUAAUGGAACACGCUCGCAAUUGCGUGCUGUCUGUCGUUCCAGUCCGGAACUGCCAUUCUUCAAGGCAUAGUCAUCUCUAUCUGUAGCGCCAGCCAAUUGGGAGAUCGGUGUUUCCAGGUCGCAAUGAAGCAGCUGGGUGAGACGUACGGCAGGAGAGACAACAAUGUCGACUACCACAAUGAGACCAGUCGGCCGGUGGUGUACGAUGAUCUCGACCCGUUCGGCCACGAGGAGGAUCAUCAGAUCAAAUACAAAACGAUGUCGUGGAAGCUCGUAGCAGUGCUCAUGAUAGCGGAAAUCGUGAGCAACGGCAUGCUGUCUCUGCCUUCGUCCUUGGCUGUGGUCGGGAUCGUCCCCGGCAUGAUCCUCAUCAUCUUCCUCGGCCUCUUCGCGACGUACACCUCUCGGCUGUUGAUCCAGUUCAAGUUGAGACACCCGGAAGUCCACUCAAUGGGGGACGCGGGGCAGAUCCUCUUCGGCCGGGCUGGGAGAGAGCUCCUCGCCUUCGGGACGGUGGUCUUCGCCGUCUUCGCGACCGGCGGCCAGCUCCUGGCGGGACAGAUAGCGUUGGCGACGCUCAGCGACAACAAACUCUGCUUGAUGCUCUACACCGGCAUCUUCGCGGUUCCGACGCUGCUCUUUAGCUUCCCGCGCACGAUGGACCAGCUCUCGUGGCUCUGCGUCCCGUCCGUCGCCUCGAUCCUCGUCGCGGGCAUCGUGGGCAUGGUCGGCGCGGGCGUGCACCCGGCCGCGGACCGGCAGGUCAGCGUCGCCGUCCGGUCCGACUUCUACACGGCCUUCAUCGCCAUCACGAACCCGGUCUUCGCGUACGCGGGCCACUUCAUGUUCUUCAUCCUCAUGUCGGAGAUGCGCCGCCCGCAGGACGCCAUGAAGGCGGCCUACACCCUGCAGGGCUUCGCGACCACCUUUUACGCCGUGUUCGCCGUGGUGUGCUACGUCUACCUCGGGAACGAGGUCGCUUCGCCGGCGUUCAGCAGUCUGGAGCCCACGUGGGCCAAGGCGGCGUACGGCAUCGCGAUACCCAACUUCCUCCUCGCCGGAUCGCUGUACGCGCACACGGCGGCGAAGCUGCUCUUCGUGCGCAUAUUCCGCAAGAGCCGCCACCUGCACAGCCAUACUGCCGUGGGAUGGGGCACGUGGGCGGUUCUGAUCGUGCUGAUGAACGCCGCGGCGUUCGUUCUCGCCGUGGGCGUGCCGAUUUUCAACUACCUCAUUGGCAUCGCGGCAAGUCUAUUCGCCGCGUGGUACACGUACGGUAUCGCGGGCGCAUUCUGGCUGCACGACAACUACUAUGACUACGACGGGUGGAAGCAGUGGGCGCGCAAGUGGUUUCAGGCGCUGACGGCGGCUUUGACCUUUGCUGCCGGGGGCUUCAUCUGUAUAGCCGGGACAUACGUCACGGUGAAGGGCAUCGCAGAGGCGUAUGAGUCUGGUGCUGUAGGAGAGCCUUUCAGUUGCUAGACCAAGAGGGACGAUGCAAGCUCGUUUGGUGAGAGGGCGGGGAGCUGACAGGAAACCCUAGUGUCCUUUUUGGUUGGGUUUUACAUGUACGGAUACUCCAAAGGUAUAAUAAGGGACAUUAAUGAACAAGGGUGGACGUAGACAACUGGAUCCCAUCCCCAGGCCAGGCCAAUGAAUGAAUACAGC